GCCGAUCCGUGAUCCGUGUCGGAGGGAAGAGGAGAGAGUGGGGGAGACAAGAUGCGGCCGCGGCUGGUGCUCUUCGGCGACUCCAUCACCGAGCUGUCCUUCGCCGCCGGUGGCUGGGGCGCCGCCCUCGCUAACCACUUCGGCCGCCAGGCGGACGUGGUGCUGCGCGGGCUCAGCGGGUACAACACGCGGUGGGCGCUGAAGGUGCUGGACAGAGCCAUGGAGGGGGCGGCCAGCGAGAGCGCGGACCCGGCGGCCGUCACGGUGUUCUUCGGCGCCAACGACGCGAGCCUGCCCGACCAGCAGCAGGCGCACCAGCACGUGCCGCUCGACGAGUACCAGACCAACCUCCGCGCCAUCUGUGCCUACUUCAAGAAUAAGUGGCCGGCUGCUGCUAUCAUACUCAUCACCCCUCCGCCGAUCCACGAGCCGGCGAGGAUCCGAGACAUGUAUGGAGACAAUGCCUCUUCAAGACAGCCUGAAAGAACAAAUGAAGCUGCUGGCACUUAUGCACAGGCAUGCAUAUCUGUUGCUAAAGAAUUGGAUCAUCCAGUUAUAGACAUCUGGACACAGAUGCAGCAGUUUCCUGAUUGGCAAACAUCUGCACUAUGCGAUGGACUUCAUUUCACCCCGUUUGGAAACAAGAUUUUGUUUGACGAGGUGCUCAAGACACUGGAAAUAAUUGGUUUCAGCCAGCAGAGUCUCCGGUCCGAUCUCCCUCUCUUCCAUGAAAUUGACCCGAAGGACCCUUUGAAAGCAUUGGAAAUUUGAACAAGGUACUGCAUCGUUUGAUUAUUCAGAAGGGAAGCUCUGCUUGGUUUGAACUCUGAUGUAUUCGUAUAACUUGUUUAGCAGAUGUGAUAUAUGUUCCAUGUAUUUGCAUAACUUGUUUAGAAGGUGUGAGGCUACCUUAUGCCAUGGGCGCCGCUUGUUUAGAAGAUGUGAUUUAUGUUCCAUGUAUUUCUCACAAAGUGGUUAUGCCAUUGUACGGUUUGCUAGUGAAAAACACAGUGAAAAUAAAUGGCAUUUUCUAC